AUGUUAUGGAUUAAUAUUUGUGAACCUUUUAACUUUAAUAAUACUCGUUUGUAUAACGUAAUUUUACAAGAAGGACAGAAUGAACCAAUUCCUUAUUCUUUGGUUUCAACUCAAAGUAUUUCAACAACAAGAGAUCAAGUGACGUUUAAAUACAACCAACCUUUUAAAUGGAGUCAAUUUACAAUAAUAGAAGUUCAUUGUUCAAAAGAAGGUGAAACAAAAGUUGAAUCAUUUACAAUAGACAAUUCUACUCUCUCAAUCAAAAUGACAUCUCCAAUAGUAUGUAUAUCAAGAAAUGAGUCUCAUGUUGUUGCUGUGAUGUUUUUCUUUUUAAUUUCAUUAACAAUUAUUGGGGGAAUUUCUCUGAUUAUUUUAUAUCUUCCUAACAAAUAUGAAGUAACAAAAAAUGAUUAA